GCAAAAUUAUUUCAACAGGGCGAUACAUCGUGCCACACUAGUUUACAUGUUAAGCAAUGGUUGUAUUACUGCUGUUGCUUACAUCAGAGAUUGGCCUGACCUUAACCUAACAGCAAAUACAUGGUCUAUCAUGAAAAAAAUAACAGAGAGAUGCAAACUCCCUUACCAAAAUGAAAUAAUCGUUUUAAGCUGUGUGUGUCAAAACCUUAGUGAUGACCUCUUACACGAGCUUGUAGACUCAGUCCCGAGAAGGCUGCCAUGACGGCAUCCCCAGAGAGGGCAACACUACCGGACACUAGAAGAUGGGUCACCUUCAGGAGCGUCGUGGCCCGCCUGCUGGUGGUGGCGGCGGUGGUGGUGUCGGGGCAGAAUGACACGCGGCCCAGCUGGCAGGCCCGCUCCCUGGGCACCACUCCUCUCAGGCAUGCCGCCUUCAUGGAGGCUUACUUCUCUGAGGACACGAGUCUGGAAUACGUGGACAGGUGGACGAUAUACGUCUCCACUUUUGAUUCAGUCGGCGGCCUGGAUGAGGUGUACCGCGUGAGGGCGCCUGGACGCUACAUGGACCCUGCGCAAUGGAACGUGGAGCUGAUGGACUUGUCUGCCUACUGGCCCAACAACCCUGACUACCUGCCCAGCUCCGUGGCGGGCGCUGAGGGCGUCAUCUGGACCUCUGGCUUCCUGGUGCCUGGCAAGGGGGACGGGAUGCUGCAGAUGUACGAUACCACGCAGGACUCCGUGCCCCCCGCCGUGGACAUCGCCUCCCUGGAUAAUCAAGAGUGGUCGUAUCACCGCGUCGUGUGGAAGGACAUGGAUCUGGAUGGCGAUCUGGAUGCCCUCACCGCUCGCUUUGACAUGGAUGACCAGGGCGGCAUCAGCAGCGAAUUCCUGUGGCUGGAGAACGAAGGGAACGGAUUUGUGGGUGGUUGGCCUCAGCACCUCCUGGCCAUCAACGGGCCAGAUAUAAGUUUCGCACUGGUAACGCUGACGGCCGGCGGGAGGACCUACAAGGACUGCAUCGUGAUGGGCGAGUUCUUUAACCAAAAGAUGACCAUCUACUGGACCGAGAGUGAGGAUGGAAGCUGGACUGAUACUAGCCUGGUGAAGUCCAGAUUGAUCAGCGAGGACUGUGGGCAGGUGUUUGAUGUCUUGGUGGAUGACUUCAACCGUGACGGAGUGCUGGAGUUCCUUGCUACGGAGUUCAACAAAGACACGGGAAUAGGGCAGGUCACCAUGUACUUCUUCCCAGAUGAUUUCAGGACUGACCCCUUCACCUCCUUCAAGAUCGCAGACAACUUCAUUCCCAACCCGGCGAUAGGUAGCGAGAACAUGUCUCCGGGCUCUCCCAAGGCCUACUACCCCAACGCGGAGUUCGCUGCGGGAGUGGCGGAGGACGGCCUGCCACACAAGCCCUACAUCCUCCUCUCCGGCGACGAUGACGGGAGGAUAUACGUUCUCUUCCCCAACUCUGACCUCCGCGACGACUGGCUCUACGAGAAGCACAUCCUGCUGGACACAGAGAAAACCACUAUAGGCAAGAUGGCUCACGGUGACUUCAAUGGUGACGGCUAUGAGGAGGUUGCAGUGGCUGGCUAUUCAAUCGGUCAGCUGUACCUCUACACCUACGCUCCCUAGAACCUCUCACUCUACACCUACGCUCCCUAGAACCUCUCACUCUACACCUACGCUCCCUAGAACCUCUCACUCUACACCUACGCUCCCUAGAACCUCUCACUCUACACCUACGCUCC